AUGCCGUCCUCCAAGAGCGAGAGCGACUUCUGGAUCGAUGGAUCCCACCGGGAGGCGGCACUGGAAGAUUUCUACAUCGUGGGCCCCGAGCUGGGACGGGGAGCCACCUCGGUGGUGUUCAGCUGCCAGGAGAAGGGCACGGGAGCUCCCUACGCUGCCAAGAUCCUGAAGAAAACGAUCGACAAAAAGAUCGUGAGGACGGAGAUCGGGGUCCUGCUGCGGCUCUCGCACCCCAACAUCAUCAAGCUGAAGGAGAUUUUUGAGACGCCCUCGGAGAUCGCGCUGGUGCUGGAGCUGGUGACGGGGGGAGAACUCUUUGACAGGAUCGUGGAGAGGGGGUUCUACAGCGAGCGGGAUGCGGCGCACGUGGUCAAGCAGAUCCUGGAGGCUGUUUCGUAUUUGCACCAGAACGGGGUCGUGCACCGGGACCUGAAGCCGGAGAACCUGCUCUACGCCGACCUGUCCCCCGAUGCCCCCCUCAAAAUCGGUGACUUUGGGCUCUCCAAGAUCGUGGAUGAGCAGGACACCAUGAAAACCGUGUGUGGGACACCGGGGUACUGCGCCCCCGAAAUCCUGCACGGGUGUCCCUAUGGACCAGAGGUGGACAUGUGGAGCGUGGGUGUCAUCACCUACAUCCUGCUCUGCGGCUUCGAGCCCUUCUUUGACCCGCGGGGGGAUCAGUACAUGUACGGCCGCAUCCUCACCUGUGACUACGAGUUCGUGUCCCCCUGGUGGGACGAGGUGUCCCCCAACGCCAAGGAUCUGGUCAGAAAAUUGAUCGUUUUGGAUCCCCAGAAGAGGCUGACGGUUCAGCAGGCCCUGCAGCACCCCUGGGUCACCGGGAAAGCGGCGAAAUUCGCUCACAUGGACAGCACGCAGAGGAAACUGCAGGAAUUCAACGCCAGGAGGAAACUGAAGGUCAGCGGGGACCCCCGGCACCGUCGGGGACGUGUGACAGCACAGCCAGGGGACAACUGUCCCCAGCCACGGCCGGGAAGGGCAGAACGCUGCCAGCACCAUCUUGGAGUUUGCAGCGUGGCCGUGUUCCAGAGUGACCACCCCGCCGUGUUCCAGAGUGACCACCCUCCCGUGUUCCAGAGUGACCACCCCCCCGUGUUUCAGAGUGACCACCCCACCGUGGCCCCGGUGGCCGUGCCAGGGGCUGGCUGUGACAGUUAA